CGCCACUUCCGGGGGCGCCACAAAAGUCUCGGGGCGCCGCUGGGGCCGUGGCUGUGGUUGGUCUGACCAGGAAACUGUGGCCCCCCGCGACGGGCCUUGCCGGUACCUCUGCCGGAGCAGGUGAGAUCGUGGUGUUGGGAAGUACAUCUGUGUUAGUUCUUCCAGGAAAGGAUGAAAUGAAAGCAGACAUAAUCACCCUUAAGAGGUCUUUACCUCCUUCCCACCACCAGCAUAGUAAAGGUACAUAAUGUCACAGUCUGGCACUGGAACAGUGGCAGGAUAAGAAAUAAAUUUACUUAAUGCUGUGGAUAACCAGUAUUCACUAUAAAAUUAUGAUAUGGCAGACCCCAGGCAGAUCCUGCUCCUGCAAACAUUGAUUGGCAAUGGUUCGUAAUGGAAAAAAUGGUGGGCUUCACCUGAAGCAGAUUGCAUACUACAAGCGAACAGGGGAAUAUCAUCCCACAACAUUAUCAAGUGAAAGAAGUGGAAUCAGGAGAGCUGCCAAAAAAUUUGUUUUCAAGGAAAACAAGUUGUUCUAUGUUGGAAAAGACAGAAAACAAAUGCGCCUGGUAAUUGUUGCAGAUGAAGAGAAGAAAAAGGUCCUUGAGAAAUGCCACAAAAAUGCUGCUGGCACUCAUCAUGGUAUAUCAAGGACACUGACUUUAGUGGAGUCUAAUUACUACUGGACCUCUGUAACAAAUGAUGUCAAGCAGUGGGUGCAUGCUUGCCAGCAUUGCCAGGUGGCAAAGAACAUAACCACCAGAGUGCCCAAAAUACACCCUAUCAAAGCAGAGGACCCAUGGACAUCAGUCACUAUACAGCUAAUGGGACCUUUCAAUGUUACCAACAGAAGUCACAAGUACAUCAUAAUUAUGACAGAUUUGUUUACAAGAUGGACUGUUAUCUUACCACUGCAUGACACUUCAGCAGCUGAAAUUGCUAAAGCAAUCAUAAAUGUGUUUUUCAUAUAUGGGCCACCUCAAAAGAUGCCUAUUGAUCAGGGGAAGGAGCUUGUUUAUCAGAUAAAUGAAGAACUGUUUGCAUUGUUUGGAAUGAAGCAAAUUGUAUUGUCUUAUCCUCAGACACAUGAUGUAAAUGAAAGAAUGUCCAAGACAAUCAAAACUUUCCUUAACAAGUAUUGCAUAGACCAUCCAAAUGAUUGGGAUGAACAUUUGUCUGCUAUAGCCUAUGCUUUCAAUUUGACAAAUUUGGAGCCAGAUCAAAACACCCCAUAUUUCCAAAUGUUCAACCGUAACCCACGUGUUGUUGAGACCAUGAAUAUAUGUGUGGAAGGAGAAUACAGUAGUUUUGCCAAAAUAUUUGAAGCAACUAAAAAACUCAGUCAAGCAUUGGAAGAAGACAAAACCUCAGAUUGCCAGGCAGAUAAAAAAACUUCAGAUGAACAAAAAAUCAGAACCAAAAUCACAGUUAAAAGGAAGUCAAAACAACUAAAUACCCUUCAACUUAAAGUUGGUCAUGAAGUCCUCAGGCAAAGAAAAAACUGGUGGAAAGAUGGUCGUUUCCAGUCGGAAUGGAUUGGUCCUUGUAUCAUAGAUUACAUCACAGAAAAUGGCUGUGCAAUAUUAAGAGAUUCCACAGGAUCCAGGCUGAAAAGACCCAUCAAAAUGUCUCACCUCAAGCCAUAUGUAAGAGGGUCCAGUGAAAAAGGCAACCAUUACAUUCUACAAGGUGCAGUAGUUUUUGACCAUGACUAUAUUGGCUUAUCUGAAAGAUCUAAUAAUUCAAGCCAAGCAGACUCGGUUGCUGAAAAAGAAAUAAAUGCCUACAAAAAAGAUAUCAUAUCUGCUGUACAGAUUCCACCUGCAGCCUGCAAAGACCAAGAAUCAGCAGAUGAUAAACAUGGGUCUGAGCUGAGAGAUCGUUGCAUUGAACCAAACACUGCAAAGCCAGAGCAAUGACCUUCACCUUGUUGGACCCUUCAGACAAAGACAGAGGAUACUUAAGCAUAGUCUUCUAUCACAUUUCAUUGCUAAGCAGUUUGGAACUACUGUGGCAAACUGGAAAAAAAAAUUUAAUAGCUCCAACUUCCUUAGCUCAUUCCAUUUUACUCCUUUAUGAAUCUAAUAGUGCUUCAGGUAUCUAAUUUGUCUCGGUGUUAAGGAAAAGCAUGAGUGAAAGCAAAUAUUCUCAUCAUGCAUUUAAAUUACAAAGUUUUUUUGUAGAAUGGCAAUGUGGCCAUGCCUUACUGUUAUCCUCUCAGGACAUAAUGCAUCAUUUCACUGUAACAACCUUUUCCAUUUAAUCCUUGGAUGACUUAUUCCUAAUGUGCACUGUGAGAUGAAUUAAACCUAAGCAAGUUGGUGUAAAUUUUCUCUCCACUACAGAGAAGCUCAUGUCUUCCUUUUCCUGUUAUAUAACAGUUCUCUGUUCAUUCUGGGAAGCUGCAGCAUCUGACUUGUACAACUUUUAAUUUCUAGUUUAAUCCAUUUAAGAUCUCACAAAACAAUAAAACUGCCAAAAUCAAAUACAUGUAGUGUUCUAUUCAUGGAACAAUGAGGGCUUCAGCUGUUCCCCGCUCAUCAAAAGUCUGCUAGUGUAGGCAGUUUUAAUAUUUCAGGCAUGUGAAAAAAUCUUACGAGCAUUUAAUAUUCUAUGUGCUUUUUCCACAAACAUUACAGUUUUCUCCAUUACAGUUACCUUUUCAUUGAGCCUGUGCCUGUUGGGAGAUUUUCCAUGGACAGUGGGCUAUGAAAGGGGAAGCAGUGGUAUGAACUUAUUCUCUGACUUCCUUGAGUAGCUGUUACUGGUCUGGACUUCCUGCUGAGAAGACUUUCUCAAAGUCAGCAGCACAGGAAUUUUUUCAUGUGGAAAACUUGAGAGUGGAAGUUAAUUUUUGUUGUUGUUUUGGUUUUGUUGUUUUUGGUUUUUUGGGUUUUUUUUUUGUUUGUUUGUUUGUUUGGGUUUUUUUUCUAGGGGAUUGACAUGAAGAAAACUAGAAGAAAACUAAAUGAGGAAUUCAGCAACUUAUGGGUGAUGCUGUGUAAGAUUUGCUUAUCUUGCUCUCUGAAUUUGUGUAUUCCCUCUCAUUUCUGCUCCUGAAUGUCAUGUGACUUAUAACACAGGUGAGGAAGGACUAUUUAUUAGAAGUUUUCAGUUAAUUAUAGGCAAUUAGAUGUGGUUAUCAAGGCUGGUUAGGUUCCUACCUCCUACAGAAAUAGACAUGUAAGUACAGUAUGACUUUAAUAUCAUGGGAUGCAUCUGUGUGAGAAAAGAGCUCAGCACCAUGACAGAAUCCUAUCUUAAACUUCAAAUGAAAAAUAAUUAAUACUCAAACUAUUUUGUGUCUUCUGAAAAUACAGUCUACAGAUACAGUUUUUCUCUCCCAAGACUUCAUUGAGUCAUUCUGAGUACAUUGUGUGUAUGCACACAUGGAAUAAAUAUUUAUUUUUAUAUAUCAUCCUUUUGAAGAAAAUAUUACUGUUGGGGAUAAAACUGGAGAGUAAGGCAUUGUUUGUAAGACUGAUUUCUGCUUUAGUAGCUGCAAAAGAGAACCAGCCUCUCUUAUUUUUUUCUUACUCCAAAUGAUCAGUUCCUGAAUUGUGCACAGUACAGCAGAGCUGUUUUCUGUGGUAGCUCUGGAAUAAUGCAAGUGCUAUAGAGUUGUUAGAGCUACACUGAAAAGAAAGAAAAUGCUGCAGUGAGAGAGUAAUGGGGAAAACACAGAAGCAUUUAACAUACUGUGUACAUUUAAGAUAUUGCUGAUUGCUCAGGCUUCCUGGUAAUUUUGAUCUAUUGUAUUACCAAGUAGUGACUUACCAGUGCACUGAAAUGUGGCCUUCUGUGGAGGGGAGAGAUUCAUUGAAAUAAAAUACAGGAUUUUCAAAUUAUUGACAUGAAGGACAUCACUGGAAAAUGGAAAAGAAGCACUGUUUGACCAAAACUGACACAAGGAAGCAAGAUUUAGCAGUGUCUUCAAGAAAUGGGUACUAUACUCUUUUGCACCUAUUAGAAGACCUAUUGGCUUGCUGUUUAUAUCUUGGUAACAAAACUAUGUAGAAAUUUUGAAUGAAAAGUGGCACACCAAAAGCUUCAUUUUGAAGAAGAAGACUCUUCCAGACAGAAGUAACCAGACAGUAAACUGAAUUUUAAAGCAUUUGAUUCUGGAGCAGUUAAUCCUGAGAGAUGCAUUCCCUGGUCAUUUCUCCUUCCAGCUUGUGUGUAGAUGAAGGGAUCUGCAGCAUCCUUGCUGCACUGGUAACAGAAGCAGGUGUGCCAGUAAACAAUAACUAUUGUAGGAGAUAUAGCAUGUCCCCACUGCUAGGUGCAGUGCUGCCCUGUUACAGGCUACUAGUGCAAUGAUGAGCAGAUCACUUGGAUACAAGUUUCUGUAAUUCUGUAUUACCGCGUACUACUUAUUACUCACAUUGGUGAGCCCUUUUUUGGGUCCUGGAGAGGCAUCUCAAAACUCAUAAGCAGAACUGGAGCAUUCAGAGCUGUAGCUGGUUGCAAGAAUUGGUGCCUUGAAUAUGUAAAGUGAUAUCCCAGUUAAGUGGGUUAAAAGGGAAUAAAUCAGAUUUUAUGAAUUCAGUACCUAAAAUUAGUUGAUUAUUCUUGGCAAUUGAUGCCUUUAAUUUCCUUAUGCCUCACUUCAUCCUUCUGUACAGAGUAACACCAUAUCAGAUUCCAGACAAACUGCAAAAAAUACUCAUUACUCUUCACAAAGCUAGCAGACAUAGUAUAAAAGCCCCAACAGAAAAGCCCUUAAGAAAAUUAUUUCUGUUUUAUGCAGCGUUUCAGUGAUAUGCAGUAUAUAAUACCUGUGCUACCCCACCAGAUUGAUUCUGAGUCUUAACCUAAUCAGAAACAUCAUCCACCACUCCCAUAGAAUAAAGACCAAGAAGGAAAGCAGAGCGCAUAGUUACGGUGUAAUACCGGCAAGCAAUUUUUUUAGUGUAUGAGCUUUCGUGCGUUCGUCUCCAGCGGGAGACGUUCAGGGUAUGUCGGAAGGUGGCAGCCUGGAUCCGCGGGAGCCACCGCCCACGGGGUGCCUAGGGCUCGCAGCAACUGCUGCCCGCCCUGCCCUUCCUCGGGCUUCUUUCUGAAACGACGUUCGCAGCAGAAUUUUCUGUAAUUUUUACAUUGAAUUGUCGAUAAUGACGGGAACACGAGUACAUUUUUGAGAGCAAUAUGACCCGCAUUGUGUGAAGGCUGCGUGACUGACCUGUCAUGUGAGCCAGAGUACAAAAAUAUUUUACUUGUGCUUUAGGUGGUUUUAUACCACAGCUACCAACUGUGGUAAAUUUUCAGUACAGCUUUACACCUUCCAAGCACUUUUCAGUACUCGUUACACCUUGGUUGCUGUGAGCAGGAUCUCCCAUGCAAGUGCCUUGAAUAACACCAUUCCUCCACUUCCUUAUGUGUGGCAGUGUGUGUGACCCGAGAGCCGACCCGAGGAAACAUGGCAGAAUUGUGAAAUUCAGUCCUUUUUCCUGAAAGCCAUUUUCUCUUGAGCAGCUGUUUUAGGAUGUGUCAUGGCUGAAGGAAGCAAUAACAGAGGGGAGAGGGUACUCAGAGCACUGAGGAUUGCAGUGGCCAGGGCACGGUUCUGCCCCUGAAACCCUGAAUUAGUACCAACUUCAGCCACUUUGGCGGUUGCCAAAAAUCCAUUCUGAAAAAAGUCUUCAAUUCUAAUUAAAAAGUGUAGAAAAUUUAGGUUUCUCAUAUGUCGUAGAAGAAUAAGAAGUAUAGUCUGUAAUAAUUUCCCUAGUUUGCUGAACUGUUACCACUGACUAUUUUCUAGGAAAAAAGAAAAAAAUUACUGCAUCUUCAAACCAGUACUUUGGCACAGUGCCCUACAAGAAUACUGCCCAUACAUUAUCUGUAUAUUUUCUAAAAGCUAUACAAUGAAAUCAGA